AUGCGGGUCGUGUCCAGUUCAGUCCCCACGUGUACAGCAACGGAAGAAUUCACCUGGCCUGCGUCUUGGACACCAGUGCAGACCAUCGGCAGCUUGCUGGCUUCCAUGUCGUCGCUUCUGCGAGCGGACGUCUACAGCGUGGGACAUUUGUCGGAGGAGACGUACCGGGAAGCCAUAAACCGUCACAAUGCUUACCUGCAGCACGAAACAUUGAGGGUCGCCGUGUGCAACGCGGUGGAAGCGUGCCUUCAAGGCACUUACGGUUGUCCACGUGGCCUGGCGGAACUAGUUGUCGUGCAGAAGUUUGUAAGCUAUUACAACAGGUACAGAGAGAUCAUCGAGUUUAACCUUCACCUCAGCGGCAAAGAGAUGAGAACAUUUGCAGGUUCUCUCAAAGGAACCUUCGACUACCAUGUACUGCUGGACCGACUAGAGGACUUGCUUGAGCGACUGACGAGCACGUACGGCAUCAUCAGCGCGAGCGUUUAA